AUGAUCGAGGGUUCGGUUGACGGAUGAGACUCUCGCCCAGGCUAUAGUUCUUCCGUUCGUGAGCUCCGAAUCGUCGGAGAACUCGGCUUGGCCAUGCGAGCUCUCAUCCAGAGGGUUACGGCAGCGAGAGUCACUGUGAGAAACGACCUCGUUUCGUCGAUAGAGAAAGGCCUCUGCGUGCUAGUCGGCAUUCAAAAAGACGACACUGAAGCCGACAUCGAGUACAUGGUGAGGAAAAUUUUGAGAACGAAGCUCUUCUCGACAGAUGAAGGGAGAUGGAAGAAAAGCGUCGUGGAGGAAGGCUUGGAGAUCCUCUGCGUGAGUCAAUUCACACUCUUCGCAGUGCUGAAAGGAAACAAGCCGGACUUCCACAACUCGAUGCCUGGGGAGGCUUCUAAAGAGUUUUACUCGAAGUUCCUGAACGCUAUCCGACAAAGCUACGAGAACGAUAAAAUCAAAGACGGUGCUUUCGGUGAAUACAUGCAAGUUCACAUCGAAAACGACGGACCUGUGACAAUUAUGUUGGACUCUCAAGCCCGAUAGACCAUUUUUGUCCUGCUAUGAGAAGAUGCUACGGCCGGUACCCUACCCUAAGCCGAUUUAUGAGAAUAAAUGUCGCAUCCGAAAGCGGCAGAUGCCGGGGA